AUGGGGCCUAGUGAAACUGCUAUGCCCAACAUAAAUGCAUGUUCUGUUGUUGUCAGUGAAUGUAUUGGUAUUGAAUGUAAUGCUAAGAGAAAUAAUAAAGUGAAUGAUGAUAUCCAUAACAGGAAUUUAUAUCCUGUAGUAAAAGUAAAUAAUGCUUUAUUAAAUGAGCAAGAAAGGGUAGUUAGACCUAAGACCACCACAGUGACUGUAAAUGAGAAUACUGUAGGAUCACUCAAUAAUGCCUCCAUUUUUCCCCUGCCUAUCAAUACAGACAGAGUUUCAUUAAUUAAGGGAUUAGCAUCCUGGCUUAUAUUUGCUAAUGAUCAGUUCAGAGAGCAUCACUGUGAGGAAGUGAGGCUUGCACAGCAGUUUGUAAAAUGGUGGGUAUGUAGCAGGUGUAAUACACCCUUGGAGAAUUCCUCAUUCCAGUCAUUUCAGUCACAUCAAGUCCCAGAGGUUACACUUCGCUUUUGUUCUCUACACAGUGCAGACUGUACAGAAGCCAGUUUACAGAAAGAUCCUGCUUUUAAACAUCUGUUCAGCAUGAUGAGACUGGGAAUUGUUGUUUUCUUGGCUGCUGUCCUUGUUAAUGAAAUCAAAACACAAAAUUUCACCAUCACACUAGUCAAUGACCUUGUCACAGGUGGUGUAUUUCCGCAUUCAGUGGUGUUAAGCUUGCCUCCCUGUUAUUACUACGGAAAGAAUGUUAAUGUUAAUUUUACCUACGAAAAUGGUACAUUGCAAGGUCAGAUUAUCUCAGCUUUCAAAGUACCUGACUGUCGCUUCAAACGGGCAUUGAUCGAAGCAAACAGUGGAAAUGGUUAUACUGUAGUCCAACCAAUUGGUUACCAGCUCUUAGGUCUGGAAAGUAACACAGUUUAUACGGUUUGGUACCAGGUUCAAAAUUAUAUUACUAAUCUUACAGUAAAGACCGGACUCCGCAAAGACUUCAAUGAUAUAAAUGUUGGAUUUGAAGGCCGCAGUGGAGGAAUGGUUGUCAUCACUGUUCUUCUGUCUAUUGCCAUGUUCUUGCUGAUUAUUGGCCUGAUUGGUACUUUAGCAAUGGGCUCACGGAAAUGAAGUGAUGGAGAUGAUAUUU